AUGAGUUAUUCGAAGUUUGACCUCACGUUUAAGAUAGGUCAAUAUCUAGACCGACAUCUUGUGUUUCCGUUGCUGGAGUUCCUAGCAGCCAAGGAGACUUAUGACCCUUCUGAGUUGCUGCAAGCUAAAUUGGAAAUCUUGAGUAAAACAAACAUGAUUGAUUAUGUUAUAGAUAUACGUAAGAUGUUAUACCCUGAUGAAGAUCCACCUGAGGAAAUAAAAGCACGCAGAGGAGUUGUUUUGUCACAAUUACAAGAACUGCAGGAUGCAGUGGAACCAGUAUUAAGAUUAAUGCAAAGGGAUGAUGUAAUGAAAACAGUGGAAACUAUGAGGGAUCCAAAAACACUUAUAAAUUACUUAACAACUAAUAAGGAGUUUGAGUUCAGAAUUGAUAUGAUUGACAGCAUGUACCGUCUGGCUAAAUACAGAUAUGAGUGUGGUAAUUAUGUUGAGUCUGCAUCUUACCUCUACUUUUGCCAGCUAGUUAUGUCACCCACUGACAAGAACUAUUUAGCUGUGCUGUGGGGUAAAUUGGCAAGUGAGAUCCUUGUCCAAAAUUGGGAUGGUGCAUUAGACGACCUUACCAAACUUCGUGAAUUUAUCGAUAAUGGAGCAGCUGGGGCCACAGCAACCAACAUGCAAGCUCUGCAGCAGCGCACGUGGCUCGUACACUGGUCACUUUUUGUGUUCUUCAACCACGUCAAAGGAAGGGACCUUAUCAUCGAAAUGUUCUUAUACAGGCCUUUGUAUUUAAAUGCAAUUCAAACUAUGUGCCCUCACAUACUUCGUUAUCUGGCUACAGCCGUCAUCAUCAAUAGAUCCCGUAGAAACGCUCUAAAGGAUCUUGUUAAAGUCAUUCAACAAGAAGCGUAUACAUACAGGGAUCCAAUAACUGAGUUCAUCGAGCACCUAUAUGUCAAUUUUGACUUUGAGGCAGCUCGCAGGAAACUGAACCAGUGCCAGGCUGUUCUCUCCACAGACUUCUUCCUUAUCGCUUGCCUAGAGGAAUUCGUUGAAAACGCAAGAUUGAUGAUCUUUGAAACGUUCUGCCGCAUCCAUCAAGUUAUUAGUAUAGGUAUGUUGGCAGAGAACUUGAGUAUGCAACCUGAUGAAGCAGAAUGCUGGAUUGUAAAUCUUAUUCGUAACGCCCGUUUGGAUGCCAAGAUAGAUUCGAAGUUAGGUCACGUAGUCAUGGGUGCCCAACCCUUAUCCCCGUAUCAGCAGUUGGUAGAGCGAAUUGAUUCUCUCUCAGUGCGUUCGGAAGCUCUUACUUCAUUAGUAGAAAGGAAACAGAAAGUUCGCAAUCAAGACAUUCGCUGGGGAGCUCAAGAAUUCUAA